UUAGCUGCUAGUUUGGUUCCCUUUUUACACCUCAGCUGUAAAAUUCUGAUGGGGUAUUGUCGUCACCUUGCCGGGAGGGUGGGCAACAUAGACACCCAAGUUUGUGAAUGUGAUAAUUCAAGAAGGAAGUCACCUAGGAUUUUCAAAUUACCACAGGUGUAUCUAUUAAAAAUCGGAAACACACAAACACAGAGUAUCGCUGCCAAUGUUUUUGUUUUAUUUUUAUGGUUUAUGAUGAGACCUCUGCUUACAUCGGGUGGCACGGAAACCAUUUCCUUGAUAUGUUUGUGCCUUUUCCCAGUUACAUCACUGAAUUCGUUGACCUCGGCAAUGUGUCUGCUCUGAGGACAUUUCGUGUGCUUCGAGCCCUUAAAACAAUUACUGUGAUUCCUGGUUUGAAAACAAUUGUGGCUGCUUUGAUCCAGUCAGUGAAGAAAAUGGUGGACGUGAUGAUUCUGACAGUCUUCGCCCUUGCGGUUUUUGCACUCGUUGGUCUUCAGCUUUUUAUGGGAAACCUGCGACAGAAAUGUGUGCGAUGGCCCAUCCAAACCAAUGACACCAUGUUUGAAAUCUUUAACGGCACCUCUUCAUUCAAUAACACAGUGGACUUCAACGACACCAUUGGCUUAAAUGAUACAUAUACCAACAGCACCUUCAAUUUCACUGAAUAUAUUGAAAACUCAGAGAAUCAGUACUUUCUGGAAGGCAGCCAAGAUGCUCUGAUUUGUGGAAACAGCUCCGAUGCUGGGAAGUGCCCUGAAGGAUACACAUGCAUGAAGGCUGGGAGGAACCCAAACUUUGGCUACACCAGCUUUGAUUCUUUUGGCUGGGCCUUCCUUGCCCUUUUCAGGCUCAUGACCCAGGACUACUGGGAGAACCUUUUCCAGCUGAUCUUGAGGGCAGCUGGUAGGACAUACAUGAUGUUCUUUGUAGUCGUUAUCUUUCUGGGCUCCUUCUACCUCAUCAAUCUUAUCCUGGCUGUGGUAGCCAUGGCUUAUGACGAACAGAAUCAGGCAACUCGGCAAGAGGCCAUCGAAAAAGAGGAGGAGUUCCAGCGGCUACUAGAGCAAGUCAAGAAUCAAGAGCAGGCUAAGAUGCUCGGUAGCCAAGGCACUCUAACCAGCAAGAACUCGCUCAGCCAUCACACUGGGUCUGAUUUGGCAGAUGAUGAACAGAGCCUUGACCGUGAUGAAAUUGUCAAAGAUUGCAAUGGGAGAAUUAUUCCACGUCUGCUGAUCAGAGCGCCUACCAUGAACGAGUCUGCCAUGGAUUAUGAAUGCAGAGAGAAGUCACUGGGCUCCGUUCACAGCAUGCUCCAACUGGAUGAACCAUGCAUGCCAGAGAGAACUGCUAGUGCUCUGACUGUGCUCACUGCAGCUGCCAUGGAAGAGUUGGAGGAGGCUCAGAGGCCAUGUCCACCUGGCUGGUACAAAUUUGCUGACCUUUUCCUGAAGUGGGACUGCUGUACCCCCUGGGUGGUCUUUAAAAAGCGGGUAUACUUUGUUGUGAUGGACCCUUUUGUUGACCUGGCUAUCACUAUCUGCAUUGUGCUCAACACCCUCUUCAUGGCCAUGGAGCACUACCCCAUGACCCCGGAGUUUGACUAUAUGCUGUCAGUGGGGAAUCUGGUUUUUACAGGUAUUUUCACAGCAGAAAUGGUCUUCAAGCUUAUUGCUAUGGAUCCCUACUACUACUUUCAAGUUGGCUGGAACAUAUUCGACAGCAUCAUUGUUACACUCAGUCUGGUGGAGUUGGGGCUGGCAAAUGUUCAGGGUCUGUCAGUCCUCAGGUCAUUCCGUCUGCUUCGAGUUUUCAAACUGGCAAAGUCCUGGCCCACUCUCAACAUGCUCAUCAAGAUCAUCGGUAACUCAGUAGGGGCUUUAGGAAACCUGACUUUGGUGCUGGCCAUCAUCGUCUUCAUUUUUGCCGUCGUGGGCAUGCAGCUCUUUGGCAAGAACUACAACGACUGCGUGUGCAAGAUCUCCUUGGACUGUGAAUUGCCGCGCUGGCACAUGAACGACUUCUUCCACUCAUUUCUUAUCGUGUUUCGCAUCCUGUGUGGGGAGUGGAUCGAGACUAUGUGGGACUGCAUGGAGGUUGCCGGAACUGGGAUGUGUUUAGUUGUCUUCAUGUUGGUCAUGGUCAUUGGAAAUCUAGUGGUGCUGAAUCUCUUUUUGGCCUUACUGCUCAGCUCGUUCAGUGGAGACAACCUUUCUGCAGGAGAAGAGGACGGAGAGAUGAACAAUCUCCAGAUUGCCAUCGGCAGGAUCACACGGUUCAUCGACUGGUUUAAAGCGUUCAUCAUUCAAACUAUCUUGCGGACUCUUGGCAGAAAGCCCAAGGAGCCCGACGAGGGCCCUGCUGAUGACGUCGACCCUAAAACGGAAGGAAUUGAAAUGAACCAUUUGGACACCAGUCAGACUUUCAAACUGGCAGAUGGGAUAUCAGAUUGCCUAGUUGAAGGCCGGCCUUCUGGAUUUAUUGUGGAUGGAGAGUUUAGUCUUAGUGUGCCAAUUGCCCAGGGAGAGUCAGACUUUGAAAAUCUGGGAGAGGACGAUGAGGAUGAUGAAGAUGAAACCAGUGAUUCCAAUUAUGAUAAUCACUCUGAGAGUUUAGAUGAGGGACAUAGCCAGCAGAAUACCGAAAAUGUGAAAGAUCAAAUUAGUAUCCCAGGAAAUAUCAAACUGAUGGGUGUUCGGAAUGAUGAGGAUUCUUCCGUAUGCAGCUCAGCGGACUAUCGACCGCCUGAGCCUGAACCGGAAAUAGAAGAGCCAGAGCCACUGGAGCCAGAGGCGUGCUUCACUGACAACUGUGUGAGGCGCUGGCCAUGUCUGAUGGUGGACAUCACCCAAGACAAAGGCAAAAAAUGGUGGAACCUCCGCAAGACCUGCUUCACUAUUGUGGAGCAUGAUUGGUUUGAAACCUUCAUAAUCUUUAUGAUCCUCCUCAGCAGUGGAGCUCUUGCUUUUGAAGAUAUAUACAUAGAAAAGCGCCGAACGAUCAAAAUAAUUCUGGAGUAUGCUGACAAGAUUUUCACCUACAUCUUUGUCAUUGAGAUGCUCCUUAAAUGGGUUGCAUAUGGCUUCAAGACCUAUUUCACCAAUGCCUGGUGUUGGCUAGACUUUUUCAUUGUAGAUAUUUCCCUGAUUAGUUUAGCUGCCAACUGGUUGGGCUACUCUGACCUUGGGCCAAUCAAAUCCCUCAGAACCCUCAGAGCACUAAGGCCUCUUCGCGCGCUAUCAAGAUUCGAAGGGAUGAGGGUGGUGGUAAACGCUCUCGUUGGAGCAAUUCCCUCCAUCUUCAACGUGCUACUGGUGUGUCUGAUUUUUUGGCUCAUCUUCAGCAUCAUGGGAGUUAAUUUGUUUGCUGGGAAGUUCUACCGCUGUAUCAACACCACAUCGGAGGAGCUUUUCCCCAUCACUGAAGUCAAUAACCGGAGCGACUGCAUGGCCAUCAAAGAAGCGACACAGGAGGCCCGCUGGGUCAACAUGAAAGUCAACUAUGACAAUGUUGGACAAGGCUACCUGUCCCUACUUCAAGUGGCAACUUUUAAAGGUUGGAUGGACAUCAUGUAUGCUGCUGUCGACUCAAGAGAGGUGGAAGAGCAACCAUCCUACGAAAUCAACCUCUACAUGUACAUGUACUUUGUCAUAUUCAUUAUCUUUGGCUCUUUCUUCACACUUAACCUCUUCAUUGGGGUCAUUAUUGAUAACUUUAGUCGGCAAAAGAAAAAGUUUGGAGAUGAAGACAUCUUUAUGACUGAUGAACAGAAAAAGUACUAUGAAGCCAUGAAGAAACUUGGUUCCAAGAAGCCACAGAAGCCAAUUCCUCGUCCAACGAACCUAAUCCAGGGCAUAGUGUUUGACUUCAUCAGUCAACAAUUCUUUGACAUCUUCAUUAUGGUCCUCAUUUGCCUCAAUAUGGUGUCCAUGAUGGUGGAAACAGAUAACCAAAGUGCAGAGAAGGAGGAUUUCCUCUUUAAGUUAAACGUGGCUUUCAUUGUGGUCUUCACUGGAGAGUGUGUGUUGAAGGUCUUUGCCCUGCGGCAGUACUACUUCACCAAUGGAUGGAACGUUUUUGAUUUUGUUGUGGUCAUCUUGUCAAUAGCUGGUACAAUGCUCUCAGACCUAAUUGAGAAGUACUUUGUGUCACCAACUCUUUUCAGGGUGAUCAGACUGGCCAGGAUAGGCAGGAUUCUACGUCUUAUUAAAGGAGCUAAGGGCAUUCGGACGCUUCUAUUUGCCCUGAUGAUGUCCCUACCUGCUCUAUUCAAUAUUGGUCUCCUGCUCUUCCUCAAUAUGUUCAUCUUCUCUAUAUUUGGGAUGUCAAAUUUUGCCUAUGUCAAAAAGGAGGCUGGGAUUGAUGAUAUAUUUAAUUUUGAAACAUUUGGAGGAAGCAUUAUCUGCUUGUUCCAGAUUACAACAUCUGCAGGCUGGGAUGGACUUCUACUUCCAAUGCUGAACCGGGAGCCUCCAGACUGUGAUCCAGACUUUGAGCAUCCUGGCACGAAUGUAAAGGGCAACUGUGGAAGCCCUGGCAUGGGCAUGGUGUUCUUCUGCAGUUACAUCAUCAUCUCAUUCUUGGUGGUGGUCAACAUGUAUAUUGCGAUCAUCUUAGAGAACUUCAAUGUGGCACAGGAGGAAAGCAGCGAUCCACUCAGUGAGGAAGACUUUGAGAUGUUCAAUGAGACAUGGGAGAAAUUUGACAUUGAUGGAGCUCAGUUUAUUGAGUAUAGCCAGCUCUCAGAUUUUUGUGAUACCUUGCAGGAGCCACUGAAGGUUGCCAAACCCAACCUGUUCCAGCUGAUUGAAAUGGAUCUCCCCUUGGUUGCUGGAGAUAAGAUCCACUACUUGGAUGUGUUGAUGGCUGUCACUCAGUUGAUCUUGGGAGACACAGUGGAGAUGGAAGCAAUACGGAAUAGCACUGAGGAAAAAUUUAAGGAUAGCAAAGACAGCUUUGCGCCAGUUGUCACAACGGUGCGCCACAAAGAAGAGCAGAGGGCCGCUGUGGUUAUUCAGAGGGCUUACCGCAGCCAUCUUCUGAGGCGCUGCUUAUGCCAUGCAGCUUUUAUGCAUCGAUCUAAGAAGAUGGGGAGAAAGAAAGAAGGUGACGAUCCACCAGAAAAAAAUGGGUUGCUUGCACGAAGGUUAGGGGUUCUCUAUGGGAGUAAUGCAGAGCUUGCUGAGGAAAUGGAGCAAGCAGCUUUAGAAACUUUGGCAAGACAACAGCCCUCUAAUCCUGAGGCACUGUCACAUUACAGAGAGGCACGGUGCUGUCCAGAACCCCCCGUGCAAAAUAUUGUUGUUGUUCCUGUAGAAGUCACUAAUGAGGUUUUAUUGCAUUCUGCCCCCAACCAACACCUCUUGACUCUACAAGCAAACCCGAGAGAGUCAGUUGUAUAGUAAACUGCACAGUAUAAUUAUUUGUCUCUUCCCUCUAUUCUUUUUUUUUUAACAGUGAUGGAAACUGCUCUUGUUAAUGUAUAAGUGUCGCUGAUAUGCUUUUUAACUCUAGAGAAAGAAGAGUCUAACUAAUGUUUCGAAUGCAGUUUUUAUCCCUAAACUUAAGAAUCUAUUCCUCUUUUCUUUUCAUAUAUAUUUAAUUUUUUUGGGUAUUGAAAGUGAAACUGAAGUGUGUACUGCCAAGCAGGUUCAAAAUAACAGGGUUUUUGUGUGCAAAAGUGUGCGUUAACUGCCUUGACAAAACCUACAGGUUCAGUUUUAGGGAGUUCAGUUG